UCUCCUCCACGGAGCGUUUCUCCAGCAGCGGAUUAUGUCCACGGUGUUGCGUUCAAUGCCUCCGCGGCACACGGCAGAGAGGAGCCACUAGGGGGACACGCGUCUCCACCGCGCAACAAGAGGCGUGUGCGUGUGUGGCGCGUAAAAUCAUCCGGAGGAGCAACAAUAAAAGUAUCUCGGAGCGGUUAAUCCGGGGACGGAGUUGCCAGAUUGCACGGUGCGGCUGCGGGAGUGAAGACACUCGGCUGGCGGAUGGUUGUCGAUUUCGAAGAGAGGAGUCACCUCUGCAAGUCUCCGAUGAAGAUGAAGUCUGCGGGCAUGGUGGAUGGAGGCUUGUUCACAGAGAGUUAUUGCAACAUCUGCAAUGCCCAGCUCAUUUCUGAGUCUCAGCGCACGGCGCACUAUGAGAGUAAGAAACACGCCAACAAGGUGCGUCUGUUUUACAUGCUUCACCCGGAAGACGGGGGACCGCCUUCAAAGCGACUAAGGCCAGAUAAUCCGGACUGUGCGGAGACAGAGGUGGAUAAAAACAAGUGCUGUACCUUGUGUAACAUGUUCUUCACCUCAGCCAUCGUGGCUCAGUCCCACUACCAGGGCAAAACCCACGCCAAGAGAGUCCGCCUGGUGUUGGGCGAGGAGCCAAGCAUCCCCACAGCCCUGAACAUGCAGCCAACCAACGCAGAUUCCUCCCCUUCAACACCACUGUCCACAGACCCCACGGCCCCACCGUGGCCUGAGGCGGUGGUCAGCGGGAACGGCGGGAGAGAAGCCGGCAAGUACUGCUGCCUGUGCGGCGCCUGGUUCAACAACCCGCUGAUGGCCCAGCAGCACUACGAGGGCAAGAAACACCGCAGGAACGCCGCCCGAGCACGCCUGGUGGAGCAGCUCCAGGGCAGUCUGGAUGCCACGGAGAGCACAGGGCUGCGCAGCAGUUACUCCUGCAGCGUCUGCGGCGUGGUCCUCAACUCCAUUGAGCAGUACCAUGCACACCUCAAGGGCUCCAAACAUCAGAACAACCUGAAGCAACACCAGCAAUGAGCGAGGAACCGGAGACCAUCCACAAAGACAUGGAGUUACACCAGACUUCACUAAUCCUGCCAUAUGUCACAAACUGAAGAGUGCGUGGGUGUGUGUGUCUGUAUACGUGUGUGUGUUUGACUGUAUGAGACGUCCAGACACACAUCUGCAAUAUGCAUAUGUAGAUUAUAUGUAGAUUAUAUAUAUAUAUAUAUAUAUAUAUAUAUAUAUAUAUAUAUAUAUAUAUAUAUAUAUAUAUAUAUACACACAAACACACAGUACAGGCCAAUUGUUUGGACACACCUUCUCCCCAUUCCUUGU